AUGGCGGUUCUCAGGGAGAAGCUGGGUGCAAGCGCCCGGGCCAGCCUGAAGCGGCGCGGCAUCGUCUCGGUCUUCGCGUCUCACGAGGUCCAUGUGCUGGAACCCCUGAGGCACGCGCACUUCGAGGCGGAGUAUUUUCUCUGCGCGGAGAAGCUGGGGUCCUUGCCACCGGCCGUAACGCAGGCCUGGGCCUUCGAGGCGAAGAACCAGCUGCGGCGCAUGAAGCAGUGCCUGAAGCUGAUUUUGGCCCGGGAAGCUGAGCGACGCUACGACUUCUUCGUGCGCCUCAGGCCCGACCUCUUGGUGCUCUCAGCGCCGGACCUGCGGUCUGUGUGGGGCUCUUCGGAUGCCGAGGGCGCAGGGCGCCGCUGCGUUCACGCGCGGCUCCGGGCGGCGCGGGGCAUCUCCGGGCUCACCUCGUCACACCUCUCGUACUGCUACUGCGGCGGCUCCUGCUGCGCCCGGGGGGUCCUCCCCGACGCCGCGAAGGACUCGAGCGCCGAUGCCGCCUUCGUGGCGGACGACCAGCUGGCGCUGGGCGCGCGGGAGCCGUUCCUGCGGCUGUGGCUGGGGAAAGGCAACUCGAGUGGAGUGCCCUGGCGUAUGGCACCCAUGGCGGAGACAAGCCUCACAGAGGGCCUGCUGCGGAAGCGCGUGCCGCUCUGCGUGCUGCAGAUGCGGGCCCUGCCGCUGGGCAGCUCCAACCUGGGCCAUGCCGCGGAGGCCAAGAAGUGUGGCUACGCGGAGCUGGCCCCGGCUUUGAACCAGAGCUGCGGGGCCAGCUCCUCCGUGGACGAAGUCCCGGAGCUGAAGUUCGACGCGCCGCAAAACCGAGACACCACGCCCAGCGCUGCAGCCGCAGCUGCGCGCAUCAACCGGCUGCUCAAGAAGCGGAAACUGGAGCAGGUCUUCGUCGCGAGUGAUGCGCAGGAAGGCUUCCGUGUGGAGCUGCGGUCCCUUGUGAAGGAGGCCCUGUACUUCUUCUCUCCGGAUGAUGGCGCUGACAAGCUGGACGAGGGCCCCCGGCAGCUGGCGGAGCUGCUGCUGCUGGGCGAAGCGGAGUACUUUGUGGGCUCCACGGGUUCGGCCUUCUCCGGCGCGGUGCGCCGCCAGAGGAAGCAUUUGGGCCUGCAGUCCAAGGUUUCGGAGGAGGUCUUCUGUCCCCAGCUCACCGCGGGAGACGCCGCGCGCCGCUGCGUCUCCGAGCCGUGA